GGGGAGGGUGCGGGCCACAGAGGGAGAGUAGGAGCGAGCCAUGGACCUGCCUGAAUGCAUCACUUGGAAUUAAUGUUUGUAUUUUCCCUCUGCGAGGCCGCCCUGGGAGACGAGAGGCUGCGACCGCUGUCUGGAAACCUCUCUCUGGCCACAUCUUUGCCUCGGUCCUGGUUUCGGACGCGCUGCGCUCGCCUCCUCACUGCAGUCAGCCCAACAAACCUUCAUAAUGCCAGGCGCCCUGCUGAAAAUCGCCUUCACCCUCUGCUCCCUGUUUACUGUGAACUGCACCCACUCCGAUUGCCAGCUAGAGCUGCAGAUGGAGCGGGCCAAGCUCCGCUGUUGGACGGGACUGAGCAAAGCCAUCGUCCUCCACCCCUCUGAAGGAUGUGCUGGGAUUUGGGAUAAUUUCACCUGCUGGAUGCCAGCCAGGAUCAGUGAAACAAUCAGCAUGCCCUGUCCAAAAUUAUUUGGGGACUUCAGCAGCGAUCAUGGCAAAGUAAGCAGGAACUGCACGGCCGAAGGGUGGACUGCUGUGUUUCCACAUUAUAUGAAUGUGUGUGGAUACAACUUCAAUGGGUCUACUGAAGCGAGCAGUAAGUUUUACGAGGUGGUGAUGAAAAUUUACACACUAGGACAUAGUGCCUCCUUGGUUGCUCUCACCACCGGCUCAGCAAUCCUUUGCUUCUUCAGGAAACUUCACUGCACACGGAAUUACAUUCACGUGAACUUGUUUAUCUCAUUCAUCAUAAGGGCAAUCGUUGUUUUACUGAAGGACAGGACACUGUUUUCAGACCAUGAUCCUGAUUUGUGCAAUGAAACAGCACUGAUUGGCUGCAAGGUUAUUAUGGUUUUCUUCCAGCUAUUCAUCACUGCAAACUACUGCUGGUUACUGGUGGAAGGCUUGUAUCUGCACACAUUGCUCAUGGUCUUUUUCUCUGAAAGCAAAUACUUUGCACUCUACAUGCUGAUAGGCUGGGGUGUCCCCGCAUUCUUCACGGUUAUGUGGAUUGUUACAAGAAUCUAUUUGGACGACACUGACUGCUGGGAUACCAAUAACCACAGCGUUCCGUGGUGGACAAUCAGAGUACCCAUCCUGGCAUCUAUCAUACUAAACUUCAUCCUGUUUAUUAGUAUCGUGCGAAUACUGAUACAGAAGCUAAGGUCACCGGAUGAUAGUGGCAAGGACCACUCACAAUUCAAGAGACUUGCCAAAUCCACCUUGCUCCUGAUCCCGUUACUGGGAGUCCAUUACAUCGUGUUUGCCAUUUUCCCAGAUAAUGUUUCGAACAAGUAUCGGAUCAUAUUUGACUUGUGUUUCGGAUCUUUUCAGGGAUUUAUAGCUGCCAUUCUGUACUGCUUUUUAAAUAGUGAGGUUCAGGUUGAACUUAAAAGGAAAUGGCAGAGCUUGGCAUCAGGUUGUGGACUAUAUUCUGACUACAGUCUACACAGAGGGUCGGUGUCUGGGAACGGCACUGUCCACAGGAAUACCCGGGCACAAUCAUUGCUUCAGACAGAAACGUCUCUGGUGUGAGUGGCAGCACGUAACCCGGCCUGCCUCGCCUGUGCUGCUCUGUUGGAGAAACCCAAUGGAACAUUGCUGUUUCCUCGAGCUGCACCAUUCGCUUGAUCAAGUGUGCAUGAUUUUUAAAAAGACACAUGACAGCUACCCAAGUCGGCCUCAGAUGCAAUACCAUUUACGGACGUGUUGGAAAUUGUUGUCGUGUGUCUUGCUGUGUACGUAAUCAGCUGCUUGAAGAUUGCAUUCACCAAGUGUUGUGAUGGAGACUGACUUUGCCCGCUGGAAAAGCCAUGUACAUCACCGGUUCAUAGAAGUGAAAGGAUCCUGGCAUGCAAGAUCCCAGGGGGAUGCACAGCCACGUUUAAACUUUGAACGUGAAUUUUUAAUUGAUCCCCCGUCAAUUGUAAUCUUUGGAAUUCUGCCAUGAUCACAUCUUCGUAAUAUUCAGUCAGUCGCUUGUGUUAAAUAUGUGGGAUAUUUUUUCAUACAUUCCUGGAGUUCAAGUUGUUUCUAAUGGUACGGUGAUGUGAGUCUCAAGUGUCAUUUGAGCAAUAAAAUUGUGAACAAAUACGUCGUAGUGAGAGAAUAUUACUGACUUCAGUGGGAAUUUAGUACCGGACAAAGGACAUGUGUCUGAAAAUUAAUGUCGCCGAUGUCUGAUGGCUUAAGGUGACAUAUCUCUCUCUCGACUACUUUUGUAGAAACAUGGAAAGAUUUAGUUUAGUUUAGAGUUACAGCAUGGAAACAGGCCCAUCAGUCUAUGCUGUCUAUCGAUCACUCAUUCAUCCUAGUAGUGGAGUGGAGGAAUCUGACCUCUCUGUCCUGGGUCUCCUCCAUUGCCAGAGUGAGCAACACCGGAAAUUGGAGGAACAGCACCUCAUAUUCCGCCUGGGCAGCUUGCAUCCUGAUGGCAUGAAUGUUGAAUUCUCCCAACUUUGCUAGCCCUUGCUGUCUUUUCCCCUUCCUUAACACUCGAGCUGUCUCCUCCCAUCCCCCUGACCUCGGGCUCCUCCUCCUCCCCUUUUUCCUUCCUUCUCCCCUCCCACCCCCAUCAGUCUGAAGAAGGGUUUCGGCCCGAAAUGUCGCCUAUUUUCUUCGCUCCAUAGAUGCUGCUGCACCCGCUGAGUUUCUCCAGCAAUUUUGUGUACACUCAUUCAUCCUAGUUCCAUGUAAAAAUUGUGUCUUUAAUCGGACUUUAUCUUGCGCUAAAUGUUACUCCCUUUAUCA